GCAUGACACCUUCCUGUCUUUUUAUGCCGCCCCGACCGGGUUGCAAAGGGGAGGCUUCCUGAACCGGCCCGCCCUUGUCUUGCUCCGCUCCUCGGUCCUCACUCACCGCGCCGCCGUGCAAACAUGACGAUGGGCUCCGCCACCGUCGUCGUGCCCCGCAACUUCCGGCUGCUGGAGGAGCUGGAGCGCGGCGAGAAGGGCAUCGGCGACGGCACCGUCAGCUACGGCAUGGACGACGGGGACGACAUCUUCAUGCGCUCGUGGACAGGAACCAUCAUAGGCCCCCUCAACUCGGUGCACGAGGGCCGCAUCUACCAGCUGAAGCUCUUGUGCGACAAGGAUUACCCCGACAAGCCACCCACCGUGCGCUUCCACUCCAGGAUCAACCUCACCUGCGUCAACCCGGACACAGGCCUCGUUGAAGGCAAGAAGUUCCAGAUGCUGUCCAACUGGCAGCGUGAGUACACGAUGGAGCACAUCCUGACGCAGCUCAAGAAGGAGAUGGCGGCGCCGCACAACCGGAAGCUGGUGCAGCCACCGGAAGGGACCUUCUUCUGCGCCGCACAAGAAGAUUAACUAUAUAUAUAUAUAUAUAUAUGAUUGAUUUGCACGAACCUAUCUACACGUACGUAAGAUCGAUCGAGUCAGCAUGCUGCAGCUACUCAUCAGAGAUCACUAGAAAGAAGAAAAAAACUGAGAUGAUAUAUGGAUGUUGCUGCUAGGAUAUAUACAUUCGCUUGUAGCUACUCUCGCUGUCAGUAUACCACCGUGCGUAUGUCCAUAUACUUAUUAAUCACUUUCAGUAUGUUCAUAUAUUAAUUCUAAAAUACUUCAAGGGA